UUCGGGGCGAUUGUGUUGCUGGGACCCCAAUUCUUCCUCAAUCAUGCCUGGAGCAAAUUUACAAGGAUCCCCCACUGGAGGAGUGUGCUUGACAAAAUCUCUCAUUGUCCAGAGGAAUGUGCCAGUGCAGAAAGAGGACCCAGAGAAGAUAUCUGAAGCCUUGACUUCUCUACAAGUCCUACGGCUAGAUAGGGAGAGAAUUAGCUGCAUUGCCAACCUGCCAGAUUUAAAACAGGUCCACAGCAUCUAUUUACAACAGAAUCAAAUAGAGAAAAUUGAAAACUUAAGUGGCUUUCCAAACUUGAAGUUUCUAUCAUUAGCUGGGAAUUACAUCAGCAGAGUGGAAAACCUCCAGUCUCUCCUCAAGUUGAAGUUUCUGGAUCUUUCACAGAAUUGCAUUGAUAUUCUAGAGAUAGAUGAGCUGCCUCUGAACCUUGCAAUCCUUGACCUGACUGGAAAUAAAUGUGUGAAUCAAAAAGGCUACAGGGAGUGUGUGUUGGCGGCCUUGCCCCAUCUGAUAGCACUGGAUAGCAAAGGCAUUCCUAAACAGGAAGCCACAGUCCAAAACAAUGAAGAGGAGGAGAACAGCUCAGAAGAAAGUGACCAUGAGGACUAUCCAGAGCUCGCUCAGCCACUAAGCACAGAAAAAGACUUCUUUGUUGAUCUCCAUAAUGAAUUCAGUAGUCGCUCAGCCUGGCGGAAAGAGAGAGCAAUGAGGGAACACGAAGCCCGUCUGGAAGAGCUGAGGCAGCGGCAGAAUCUGAGGCAGCUGGUGUUCGGCACCAGUGAAGGUAGACCUGAGGCCCUAAGUAUACCAGAAUCAAGAUCCCCAGUUCUAAACAACAAUCUGCCUCAAAAUGAGUGCCACACUGCUUUGAAUCCAUGGCAAAGAACAGUGAAUCCAGCAGUUGAUACAGGACUGAAUACUCCAAAGGGGAAAAAUGAAGGCAUAACCCAGGCCCAGCUGAAAAUAUCAAAAGGAGAGAGAUCUAGCGCAGCUACAACUACAAACAAGAACAUAAAGAAAUGAUAAUUUAUUGAAUCAUUCUUUUAAUUAUACAGUUCUUUAUUUUAUCAAACAAAUAUACUUCUUUUCAUUUGACAAGUAUUGUCCAUUUUUUAAAUAAGAAAUUAUGAGCUGUUGGGAGAGGCAGGAGGAAUAUGAUUGCCAGUCAGAAAACUAGAAAAAUGGGUAAUCUACACAGUAACUUGCAGGAAACACUUCUACUGAGAAAAAAGGGAGGGACAGGGUAGUUAAUGGCAGGUUUACUCAUACCGCAGAAAUUUGCCCCUUUCUACUGAAAUAUAAUGAGGUUUCCUGUGCCUUUUAAUAACAUCUGUAGCGCAAAUGUACAGUAAUGAAUACUAAUUUAUCUUUGUGGCAUCAAAAGGCCUCAAGAAAAAUACCGGAUUAUAAAAUUGUACUUAGAAAUCUUUGUUAGGAAAUUCUAAGCCUACUAACAAAACUUGAUUAGGAACUAAAAUUGUUACAUAUACCUAAACCCGGAUGUUUGCAUGUCCCUUUCAGUGGGGAUUACAUGAAUUCGUGUCUUUCCAAAUUACUCAAGUUUCAUGUCUAAACUAGAUGCAAAUUAAAGCGCAUUUAAAGCUACAGAGAGCCAUAAAUUCUCUGGGUUUGUCCCUAAAAAGUCUGGGAUGAGAUUAUGUGCUUCAGUUGAGGAAGUAACUCUGUUCCAAAUUUACUUGUCAGGAGGAAACUGGGGAAAAAAUGAAUUUGAAAAUCAAGACAGCAGAAAAGUGUAAUGGUCUCUUCCUGGUUCUUUGAAGUUCUGAGCUGUGUCACACUGCUCACUAAAUCAGGAUUUUUAUAUAAUAGUUUGUUGAAUAAACCACCAUAGUUUGAUACCAUAGAAAGCGAUAUACAGCUGUGUACUAUGCUAAGAGUUAUACCAUAAUGCAGUUUGUUUCACUUUGGCAUAAAUAUGUGAACAUUGUAGUUUGUUUAACAUAGUUUAUGAUUAACAUGUAUGAACUUGGCACCUUGUGCACACAAGACCAAAACAUGUUGCUGUUUAGUGAAAAGCUAUUUGGGGGAAACCUUUGGUUUUUUAAGGGAAUUUUUAGGUUUUUCUCCCUAGUCCCAUUCUUUUGCACCAUGAUCCCAUAUCCUGCAACUUCAGCAGUAGGAGUCUGAUACAAGCAUCAUGAUGUCAUCACACAAAUGAUAUAAGUAAUUUGCUUAAUGUGCACAAUUAUGUCAUAAUGCAUGUGAUGUCAUUCCUCUGCUUGUCCCCUGCAGACUCCCAUGGCCUCAGCCUCCCCAAACUGAUAAAUGCAUUUCUAGCCCUUGGUUUUAUGGAUCCCCAGAUGUCACACAGAUUAUUCAUAUGAAUUCCAAAAGCUAAUUCAGUUUAGUGGACAAAUCCCAAGGAAGUCCCACAUAACUACAACUAAAUGCUUCUAUUGGUUUGUCUAUAGAGAUGUUCUAUUUUUAGUCAUUAUAUCGGAUCUCUCUCUUUAGCUUUUUUACCUUAACCCACUUUUUAAUGAUAACACAAUCCCAAAGCAGGGAUACAAAAAAACCCUACCACUUUAUG